AUGUCUGCCGCGAGACCCGCGGCCGUCAUGAACGCGGCCUUCCUGAGGGCCGUCAAGGAGGACGAUGCUCGCCGCCGCUGGCCGACCUCCCCGCUGGCCUUCCGAGACGCCGACGAAGUCCUCGCCUUCGCUAGAUCGCUCCUCGCCAGAGAUCGCCGCGAUCCCCUCUCCGAUAUUCCAGGCCAUCUUCUGCUAGGCCAACAGAUCUCAACGCGCGAUCCCCCUCUUUCCCCCGAAGAAGCCAUGGUGUUGUGGCGUAUGCUGCGUCGCUUCACUCACCUGGAAACCCUCGAUCUCGAAGACGGCGACGGUAUCCUGAAGGAUAUUCCGACCGAUGCACUUCGCGCCGCUCCACUCUCGCUCCCAAAGCUCGAGUACCUUUCGUACACCAUGCUGUACGCAGUCGAAUACUGCAACACGUUCCUCGCUUCUCUGCGCGACGCACCACUCAACACGGUGGCGCUCUACUACCCGGAGUACAUCGACGAAGAGGAGACUCAUCUACCCGACCUUGUCCUGCUGCUAUCCCACCCGUGUCUCGCAAAUCUGGUAUCUCUCGAGGUGGAGCAUUUGAGGUUCGAGUACCUUGCGCUCCCCUCCAGAGGUCCGGCCCCGCGGUUCCCGAACUUGGAUCGUCUCGCGCUGGAGAUCACAUUGGACGAUGAAACCCCACGGAGGGGCAUUCUCGGGUUCCUCCUCACGCUAUUCCCCCAUAUCACCUCAUUGACGGUCGCGGUACGCGAUGUGCGAUCUGUUACGCGCCAGCCACAGCCCUCAGCCCUCGAAGCAGUGCACAGCGAGAACGCCGCGGCGCGUGCAGCUGCGCGACGCACCCUCAAUCUCGCAGACAUAUCCGCCAGCCUCCUCGACAUCUUCCUCCUCGGCCUGCCUUGCCCUGACGACGAGAUGGACAUCACAGGGGUCGACCUGUGGACGGCGGAUCGCGCGCAGAACCUGAUGGACAGACUGUUCGCCGGUGGCGCGCCCCACAGACUGUCGGUCGCGUUCACGGAGGCAGUCGAUGCGCCUCAGCAAGCACUGCACAUAUUCUUGAGCCACCUCCGAACGUACUGGAACGCGUAUCCGCACAGCGGCGUUCCGCAAGAUAUCAAGCUGGACAUCCGCAUCAAUCACCGCGAGGGCCUCCAGAUGCUCCUGGCCUACACGCUCGACCUGGCCCGGAACAGCUUCCGCCUCGAGUACUACACGGUGAACAUCCGCCUCAAGUGCGGGGCGCACCACCCGCGCUCGCGGCGGUACAGCGACAGCUCGGCGGACAGCGACGAGGGCCCGGCGGGGCUGACGCGAUGCGCGGAGGCGCACAUGUUCUUCGUGCACGCGCAGCAACUCGUGAACCCGCACCUGGGCAUGCUAGCGGCGGCGGGCCUGCGGUGGUACUGCAUCAACGUGUCGAGCUACUGCGACGCCAACUGGCGGGUGGUUGCGCGGAGCACGGGCACGACGCAGAGCAGGGUCAUGGACUGGCUGGGCAGGACGGAGUAG